AUGGACGCAACAUCUCUGUCGAACAACAGCAACGAGAACUCGAACGCGAGAGAAGAGAGCUCACGCAACGAGACCACCGACAGCAGGACUCAGGAGCCAGAGCUGGACUUGUUGGACUACAGCGAGGAGAUGACUCGCGAUACCAACUCAGCCCAGCCGCAACCGAGCGGCUUUGAAAGUUUAACCAGAAACCUACCUUCCCUCAGCGAAGCCAGCGCGAGGAUGAGAACGUCAGGAGCGCUACCGACGGAGCAGGGCAUCUCGCCAGCUCUCAUCAACUCACGAGCAACGUCUCUAGCGUUAGAAACUAUGUCGACCAGAUCGACACCGGUACCGCGCCCCAUAGAACGCCAGGAAUUCGCGGUCCACAUGAAUACCGCGACAGGGCACCAGAUUCAAUCUCCGACCCCUCGUCAGUUAAAUCCAACCCCUUCCCCAGCGCUGAAUCAGACUCCAGCCUUGGAGGGCCCAGAAGACAUAAUAGUGGACAACCCCCAACUGGAAACGGUGAUCAAUCUAUUCAACGACCAGUGGCUGAUGUUCGUCCAAGCGAGAGAAAAUCAGAACGUACCUAUGAUGCGUUUCGCACUCCAGCAAGCGGCGGGCAGUCAGGAAGUUAUCAGGAAUCUAGCUGGAGGGGAGGAGAUGCUCAGGAUCUGCAAGAAUUGGAUCGCUCGCGAAGAACUAGCGGACUUAGAGAGGUCGGAACAGCACAACCCUACCCCGCAAGUUCAAAGACUAGCCAUCACCCAACGAGCUCACUCACACACCAUCAGCCCCUCCCCGGCUCCGUUGCCCCUAGCCCGCCAGACAUCAGAGAUCACGUACCUGGGUCGUGGCCAACAACCAGCACAAGACCAACUGCCAACACAGCGACCACAGACCGCUCAAAGCCAACAUUUGGCUCGAGGCAACCAUUUGCCUCCACCCCCGCCACCAUCUACUCAACCCCCACCAGCUUCAGCCUACUACAACCAGCACAGGCAAGGGCAUCACCACCCGUACUAUCGUCAGGGCGGCUCCCAGCACCAACAGCAAAUUGUUCCAAACUACGAACAACACCAUCAAGCACAAGUGGCCCAGACACACGAGCCACAGCAGCGACGUUUCCACCCCGCCCCGCAAGGAAACUGGAGAGGAUACGGGAGGAAUCACAGGGAUCCGACAACGAGAUUACUGCAGGUUGGGGAUUAUCUGAUGAGAGCAGAGAGAGUAGCCGGAAGAGUUUUCCAAUAUCGUGGGAGGGGAAGAGGAAGGAACCAAGUCCAACGACAAGGCAACCCCCAGGAAGAACCACACCAAUAG